AAGAAGAAGGAAAGAGAAGAAGAAAAACAAGGGCGACAUCUGGCUGCUCCACACCUGACUUCAUUGAAUGAGGUUUAGCACCACUUAGUUUUGGUUCGAACCGAAUCCAAAAAUACAACGCUCGAUAUUGAGUCGGAGGCAGUUGGACCGUUAUAUAAAUCUGCGGGCUAAGGGUGACGAGCUGGCGCAGGUCGUGGGUUGUUCGUGGAUAAUGCGAGACAGUGGAGGUAGCCUGGCCCAGAACCGCUGGCAGGGAGAUCUGGGUCUGACUGCUGUGGGGCAGGACGACACAGGAGGAGGUGGGAUUCCUGGAGACCACCUCAUAGUCCCAGUGUCAGGCCACAGUGUUUCCAGCCCCAUGCACCUCAGAUUUGGGCAGAAAGAAAAAGUGUGGACAGGCGAGUAUGGAAACGAGGAGGAAGAUGGGAUGGGCAGCAUAGAGGCAAUAGGUGAUGAGGAAGAAGUAAAUAAUCUGGAUGGGAAAGAAAUGUGCGAGUUUGAAGGCAAAGGUUGGGAAAACAAUGAGGAUGAAGAAGAGGUAGAAGAGGACGGAAACCAGGAGGAUGUGGAGUGGGAGAUUCCAGAUUUUCCCUUCCAGUCCGCCGAGUACCCUCAUUCACAACAGCACCAACAUCAUGGACCACAACAGAAAGCAGAAAAAGUUGGUGUAGCCACUGUAGAGGAUGCUGUCUCCCAGGCAGAAGCAGGGGACUUGUUUAGGUCCCACCUCAGUAGGUACAAUGCUCUGAGGAGGCUCAGGCGCUUGCAGCGUUUGCGAUCCCAUGGAGGCCAUGGAUUUCGACUCACCCAGCACUGGAAGAGCUGGCGCCAGAGGGCCCGGUGGAUAAGCUCACUAGGACAUCGCCGGAGAGGGCAAAGGCACAAACCGUGCGGCAAGCAGAGGAGGAUAAAAAGCUAUCAGCGGUCAUCGUACAGUGAAGAAGAGGAUGAUAGCAACGACAAACAGUUCAACAUGUCGGAAAGAGAAAAGCAGAUAAAUGGGUCUUCUGCAGACAAGCAAGACGAGAGAGUAAGACGGGAAGUGGAGGUCAAACCAGUGGAGUUGGCUCUAACUGAGGAGCAUACAAGUUGUGUGAGUGGUAUUCUUGAAGAGUCUCUACAGCAGUAUGGCAGUUUAAUCCCUAUCCACGUGGAUGACAUCUUGGAGAAACUGCAGGACAUCUUCAGCGAAAGCUUCUCACAGCCACACAGGAAAGCAGUGGUCCAACAUCUAAUACAAUCCUUCCAGCGCUCGUCCGGGUCAGCCAUGGCUAAAACAUUCAGAGUCAACUACAAACGCCACGUUCUGACAAUGGAUGACCUGGGCACUCUGUAUGGACAGAACUGGCUCAACGACCAGGUAAUGAACAUGUAUGGUGAUCUGGUCAUGGACUCUGUGCCAGAGAAGGUCCACUUUUUCAACAGCUUCUUUUAUGAUAAGCUGAGGACUAAAGGCUAUGAAGGAGUGAAACGGUGGACAAAAAAUGUUGACAUCUUUCAGAAGGAUCUGUUGUUGAUCCCCAUCCACCUAGAGGUCCACUGGUCACUGGUCAGUGUAGACAUUCCUCGUCGUGCCAUCACUUACUUUGACUCUCAGCGGACCCUCAACAGACGCUGCCCAAAGCAUAUUUUUAAGUAUUUGCAAGCCGAAGCCAUCAAAAAAGACCAACAAGACUUUUUGACGGGAUGGAAAGGCUUUUUCAAAAUGAAUGUGGGUCGUCAGAACAAUGACAGUGACUGUGGAGCUUUUGUGCUACAGUACUGCAAGUGUCUGGCGCUAGGACAACCAUUCAGCUUUGGCCAGCAGGAUAUGCCCCGACUCAGGCGGCAAAUGUACAAAGAACUGUGUCACUGCAAGCUAACCCUGUGACCUACUAUCCUCACCCCAAUUUUUCCACCUGCUCCCUCCCUUAACCCUAACAAGACAGAGGGACAGUGAUACAACAAGAAGCAGACAAGUGAAGCAAAAUGAUUGGCUUCAAAAGGAGAGACUUAAAAAAAAAAUUCUCUGCCCACAUCCAGAGGAAUUACUUAUACAGUAUGUGAUGUCAUUGUUUCACUUUGUUUUGUCUGUCGUUGCUUCCCUCUCUUCACCCUUUGAAAACUCUGAUUUAAUUUCCAAGUCAUGGUUAUUCCUUUGUGGUUGACAGAGGCCAAGACUAGCUUCCUUUUUGGGAAUGUGCUAAUUAUCCAUCCUAUCAUUGUCCACUUAUUUUUCAGUCUGAAUGGGAGCAUGAAAAAUACCAUGAAGGUAUGGAAACAAUUCAGGCCACAGUUAAGUGCAACCUGACCUCUACUUUCAUGUAACUUGCCUGAACACUGAGUGCAGAGGUAGCAUGGGGUGAUGGCAAAAUGUUUUGGACCAAUCUGUGUAAACUUGUGGUUAAAUGGUACCAGUGAGUUUUUCAUCCAUCCAGUCCAUGCUCUGUCAACAUUAACAACAAAUAUUGGCACUGAAAAUAAAAUACUCCAUGCUACAGGUUAUUCGGAUGAUGUCAUCUAUCAGCACGUUUGCCGGUGUCGUACCAUAUGACAUUUCAGAUAUGUUUGGGGGCAAUUUCCACCAGUAUGUUUGACUGGAUUUAAACUCAUGCUGGAAAUAAAACUUAGAAUGCGUAGUUUAAUGCUGCCAGGAAGUGGAUUUUCUCGUGUAUUUUCCAAAGGGACAUUCGAAUUUCCACAUCUGUGUAGCACAACACACAUUGGCCCAUAUGCCAGUAACUUCUGUGCCUCUGCCUCACGCUCCAGAAAUACAAAUUCAAGGACUACAUGGAGGACAAAGGAUCUACAUCUGAUGCCGCCCAAACAAGCAGAAUGACAUAUUGGCCCAAAAAAGGGGUGUCUUUACAUUGCAUCUAUCUUUUUAAUGUGUUUUAUUGCUGUCAGUAAAUGUGGUGAUAUGCUUAUUGCUUUAAACAAUUGGUGUUCAUGGAGGACUACGAAUUUUUGUUAUUUUUUGGAAUAGGUACAAAAGAGAUCUUCUGGUUAGUAUGUCUUUGAAAAAGCCAUUUUGGUGAGGACCACAGCCGUUACACAACAGGCACAGUAUGUCCACAAUGGAGUUAAUAAUCUCUUCUUUUUAUAAUAAAAGACAAAUUUGUGGAUAGCUCUGUGUUUUUGUUUUCGCUUCUUUUCUUUGUUUUUCAGGAGUUGAUGCAACAGAAUUGACAGUUUUAUAUAUCUUCUACAACGCAUUAUGGUUGCUAAAAAUAAAAAUACGUGGCAAACAA